AUGUCAUCGAAAGACUCCACAGAAGCACCAGCAACGCUUACAAACUAUAUCGCCUAUUAUGAUCUCCAAACUCGACAAGAAAGAAUCGGCCACUACAACUUAUCCGAAAAGUCUAUCCAACCCCUAGAUUUCAAAUCUGGCACUCCAAUCUCCAACCUUUACCAAGUCAUCGAAGCCGGCGAGUUCAACAUCACCAGCUCUGGUUCAUCUAUAGACUCGUCAAAAGUCCGAAAAUUGCCUCCCUUGGCCGCUCGAGAUGUUCUUUGUGUGGGCAAAAACUACUUCGACCACGCCAAGGAGUUCAAUUCCUCGGGCUUCGAUAGCUCGGACAAAGUGGACGUCCCUUCCCACCCCGUCAUCUUCACUAAGCGCUACACGUCGAUCAUCGCAGAUGGUGAGGAGAUAUAUCCGCACCCGGAGUUCACGUCUACUGUAGACUAUGAAGGUGAAAUUGGUGUCAUCAUCGGGAAGUCUGGAUUCAAGAUAGCCGAAAAGGAUGCGAUGAGCCACGUCUGGGGUUACACCAUCAUCAAUGACAUGACAGCGCGUGAGAGACAGAGAGAUCAUAAGCAGUUCUAUAUCGGGAAGAGCCCCGAUACUUUUUGCCCUAUGGGUCCGAUCGCAGUCCCAGCAUCCCAACUAGACAAAGUACUCCGCGUACAAACCCAUGUCAACGGCGACCUUAGACAGGACGCUACGACGGAGGAUCUGAUUUUCUCAAUUCCAUACCUUAUCAAAACGAUGUCGGAAGGCCAAACUUUGAUGCCAGGUGACGUACUCGCAACAGGCACACCCGCAGGCGUAGGCCUUGGCCUCAAGCCCCCCGUCUACCUGCAUCCUGGCGAUACGGUUGCCAUCUCGGUGUCUGGUCUCGGAACGCUUACGAACCGUAUUGCGGACCCGAAUGCAGCGAAUGUUGCAGCUACCAAGACCCCAAAGUCGAGUUUGGCGUACAAUAAUGCCCACUUGCCUACAUUCCAACUGACGACUGUCAACAAAAAGCCGCUGUACUACACUUCCUAUGGUCCGGAAUCAGGAAGUCAGAUAGUUUUUGUCCACGGCCUAGGCGGUACCCACGCCUCCUUCCACCCACUCAUUCACUCCCUCGGUCUGACCUACACACACGCGUGCCACUUGUUCGAUCUCGAAGGCCACGGUGCUUCACCAACUCAUCCCCUCAGCGUAAUCAGCAUCGAAUCGCUUGCCACCGAUCUGCGUGGUGUGUUCUCCCACGCAAACAUCAACGAAGAAGAGGGAGCGACAAUAGUAGCGCACAGCAUGGGUUGUCUCGUUGCCCUUGAGUUUGCGAUAAAGUACCCGGAGAAGGUAAAGCAACUGAUCCUCUUAGGACCUCCGGCGCUCCCGUUUCCAUCAGAAGGCGUCGAGGCGCUGCGUUUGAGGGCGGAUCUUGUGAGGAGAGAAGGUAUGCUGGGUAUUGCUGAUAGAAUCAGCCAGAGUGGAACGAGUUCGAGGACGCAGGCGCGCAGCCAGAUUGCGGUGGCGGCUGUGAGGCUGAGUCUGGCUGGGCAGGACCAGGAAGGAUAUGCGAAGGCUUGUGCGGCGCUGGCGGGUGCUGAGGUCCCGCGAUGGGAGCAAGUGCAAGCCCAAGUUUUGAUUGUUACGGGAAGCGAGGACGGUGUUGCGCCUGUGGAUGCGUGCAAAGACAUGACGAGUAAGCUUAAAGUGAGAGCUGAUUUGGAGAUAUUGCAGGGUGUAGGUCAUUGGAGUGUGUUCGAGGACGUGGAGGGCGUGGGUAGGGUGGUUGAGAGGGUUCUGGGUAGAGGGAGUGUUGCGUAG